CCAGACCCAGAGCUGGCGGGGUGGCCUCCUCCAGGAGCCUCACACGCUGCCCUCCACCAAGCAAGCUUGCAUCUGACCCACCAUGGUCCCCUCAGAAGUCACAACUUUGGGAAUGGAAGGUUCAAGGGCUCCAUGCCUCUGCCAUCAUGAGAUAGAACCUCCAAAAGCAUGCCCUUGACCCGGUGCCAUCCUGUGUCUCCUUGCAGAGCCUGAUCCCUAACAUGUCAGAUGACUAUAGCUAUGACACCACGUCUUCCAUGGAAGAUUACGGGAACUUCAACAUCACUGACUUAUUCUGUAAGAAAAACGACGUCAGGCAGUUCGCAAGCUACUUCCUUCCACCCUUUUACUGGCUCGUGUUCAUCGUGGGGGCCUUGGGCAACAGUCUGGUCAUCCUUGUCUACUGGUACUGCACGAGGGUGAAGACCAUGACCGACAUGUUCCUUUUGAAUUUGGCAAUCGCUGACCUUCUCUUUCUCGUCACCCUUCCCUUCUGGGCCAUUGCUGCCGCUGACCAGUGGAAAUUCCAGACCUUCAUGUGCAAAGUGGUCAACAGCAUGUACAAGAUGAACUUCUACAGUUGUGUGCUUCUGAUCACGUGCAUCAGUGUGGACAGGUACAUCGCCAUUGCUCAGGCCAUGAGAGCGCAGAUGUGGAGGCAGAAAAGGCUUCUGUACAGCAAAAUGGUCUGCUUUACUGUCUGGGUGAUGGCGGCCGCGCUCUGCAUCCCAGAACUCCUGUACAGCCAAGUCAAGAAGGAGUAUGGGAUCGCUAUCUGCACCAUGGUUUACCCCAGUGACGAGAGUACCAAACUGAAGUCAGCUGUCUUGACUCUGAAAGUCAUCCUGGGAUUCUUCCUCCCUUUUGUGGUCAUGGCUUGCUGCUAUACCAUCAUCAUUCACACCCUGAUACAAGCCAAGAAGUCAUCCAAGCACAAGGCCCUGAAGGUGACCGUCACUGUGCUCACUGUCUUCAUCCUAUCUCAGUUCCCCCAUAACUGCGUUCUGCUGGUGCAGACCAUCGAUGCCUACAGCACGUUCAUCUCCAGCUGUGCUGUCUCCACCAACAUUGACAUCAGCUUCCAGGUCACUCAAACCAUCGCCUUUCUCCACAGUUGCCUCAACCCUGUUCUCUACGUUUUUGUGGGUGAGAGGUUCCGCCGGGAUCUUGUGAAGACCCUAAAGAACUUGGGUUGCAUCAGCCAGGCUCAGUGGGUUUCAUUUACAAGGAGAGAAGGAAGCCUGAAGCUGUCAUCUAUGUUGCUGGAGACAACCUCGGGAGCUCUCUCCCUCUGAGGGAUCUUCUCCCUGAGGUGGAUGGUCCUUUUGGAAGUAACAAGAAAUACAGCUACGACUUCCCUUACUGGUAGGGCCAAAGGGAAAGCAGAGAAGGAAAAGGAAGUGAAAAAAAGGAAAUAAAAAACUCAGAAAGGGAUGAAUUUGAAUAUCAUUAUACUUUUCGUCAGGAUUUGCCAAGCCAGAGUCUUCAAAAUUGACUGGCCAUCCCAGGGGGCUGCUGAUUGGCUCCUGGCUGCCACACCUGCAGUUUUCAAAGGAGGACUACGGAGCAGCGUUGCAAGCCUCCCCGGCUUUGCCACUUGCCUGAGCGUUAAUGCAGCUGACCUCUGGAGGAGGCUUGGAUUUCUCAGUGCACGGUGAAUUGCUGUGCCUUCAGUUCUGACGCCACCCCUUCCAAAAGGAGACAGAGAAGCACUGGCCACUGCCACAGUCCACGAAUGCACAAGGCUGCAUGAAAACUCCCAUCUUUGGAGAAUUUCUACCCUGGUUUGGGGGGCCGAUACCCAUGCCAGGUCUUAGAGAUUCCUGCUCUAGAAUCUUUCCAAACACCCUCAGAUCUAAUGCCCUUCUGGUCUCCUUGAUCUGUUUUGGGCCAGUGAGGGUGCUUGUUCCUGUUCUGAAGCUAUCUGCAGCACUGGUCAGUGAGGCCCUGGGUAACUGACCAUACCAGCACGUCAUCCGGAUUCUGUUGGUUUCCAACCCAUUUCUGCCAGAGGUUCUGUGAUUUCACACCUGGCUGCCACACUGAUCCGAGCAAGGAUUCAGCUUGUCCAGUGGUGUCAUGGAAGUGGACCUCUCAGCCCGUGCACGGAGACUAAGAACCUCAGUUGGUGGGAACCGGCUCCAUUAUGGGCUCACUGUGUUGAGUGGCUUGUGUGAUGGUCCACUCUAUCUGCUCCCUAUAAAAUGGGUUGGUCCUAUUUGCCCUUUUGUUUCUGAGGCCACU